AGUCGUGUGACCCACUAGCAGCGAACCUUCGAUUCGCGACAUUUCAGCCAGCCAGUACUUAGUCUCUGGUCUCAUCGCACGAUGAAUAACCAAACUCCCCGCUCUGUGUCGCUCGAAGUAAGCACUAUGCGGCACAUCAACCAGCUUCCGAUAACAUCACUGGACGAUGCGACCGAACGGCCUGCAUCAGUACCUUUGGUGAAUCGGCCGGCUCUCCAGUUGCCAUCUAGAGAUUUAAAAGCUCUCAGAACAUCUCGUGUCGCGAGCGAAUCGAAAAUAUCAAUGACAGGGAAACAAGCUGUCGCAGCUCUUGAUCUCAUGGGCAAUCUGAAGCGAGCAGAACCAUCCGUUGUCAAAACGAGAACAGGAAGCGUGUUGUCCCGAGGCUUCAUCUUGAAAACCGAUUAUUAUCCGUCUGGCCGAGGUCUUGAUCUCGAUUUGAAUGUCCACGGUGCCCCCAACUUUAGGGCAUCACGGCCAGGCAACACAAACGUUUUCGGAGUUGCACAACCUCGCACACAAGGUCUUCGAGCGAUUCUAUCGGUUUUACGCUGUCGACCUGGCACUGUCGGUCCGUCUCACGUCGUUUGGUUUUCUACGCGGGAAGAGCCGAUCGUGUAUAUAUCAGGACGACCCUUCGUGUUGCGCGAUUCCGCUGAACCAAGAAGAACCCUAUCAUUAUCCGAUCGCGCCGAAAAUCUAGAAGCCAUAGAAGAACGUUUGAAAAACGACAUUUUACAGGAAUCAACAAAGUAUGGCGGCCUAAUAUUAACUCACAAUGAAUUGCCUGCCGAGAGCGGCGAUGGCGCCGUUUUGCCUACCUGGACCCAUGUUGACAAGGUCAACGUAAGAACAUCACGAGAACUUUGGGACCAAAUGCGUGCAGAUGGAUGGAAUGUAGAGUACCACCGUAUCCCUAUAUCCCCCGACCGUCCCAUCGAAGACAACUAUUUAGAUGCGUACCUACGUGUUAUUAAAAACACAGAUCCGGUCCGAAGUGCCCUUGUAUUUUCUUGUGGUAUGGGUGCCGUCCGAACUACAUUCGCUAUGGUUGCAGCCGUGAUCGUCAGGAGGAAGAUGUUGCUCACUAGGGGCUUAGAAGACCCAUACGCGAGUAGGUCAUCUUUGUUGAGCAAUUUGGGUAACGGCAGCUCCGGAAUCAGUACGCCUACAAAUCAGGCAUCCACUGAUAUCAAGCUGGCUCAAGCGCUGGAAAAUGCUAGUGCGCAACAGGACCAAAACAAGUCGUUGCUGAGAUUGACAUAUGUGUUGCAGCGACAUCUCCAUUCGCAGUCUGUGAUUGCCUUGCUCAUGGCGCAACCCACACUCUUGGAGAACUUACGCAAAGCGCACCAAGGCAACUAUGGAGUAAUACUGAGUUUACUUGGGUGUUUGGAUCACGGCUUACGGGCUAAAAGACUAGUUGAUCGCGUAAUCGAUGCAUGUGAUCAGGUCACGAAUCUUCGGGAAGACAUCCUCACCCACAGGGUCAAGUAUUCACUCACAACAGCCGAUAGUGAUGAAAGCAAACAAGAAGAUCAUUUAUCCAAGGCUCGCGGAGCGCUGGAGAAAUAUUUCUUUAUGAUUACCUUCGCGAGCUAUGUUGAUUCUGUCGAGGACUUUGAGAUAACCUUUUCGGAUUGGCUGAAGGCGAGAACAGAAAUUUGGAAUCAGGUCAUGUUCCUCCGCAAGAUAUACGGUUCGAGACUCAACAUCUUCGCGCCCGUCAACGACCUUUCCCUUUUGUCGAGAUCAGGAACGGAAGAUAAGUCCCUGGUGGCUGGACAGAAGAACGAUGUGGAGAUUGCCGGAGGGCAGCUGCUCGGCGAUGAGUAUAGCGACCACGUUGUUAAGAAUCGGAGUGGAAUCAUUUUGCGAGAGAGCACGCUUCUCAAAUCAGACCAAUGGCUUUCAGAAUCUCAUCGUGUUUCCGACUCAGUCCGCGGGGCUAUUAACUUUCGUAAUAUACCCGGGACUAACAUCUAUGCGAGUGGCCAACCGACUGAAUCCGCAGUCGACGAGGUGGUGCAUCGUGUUAAAGAAGCGCAUCCCGAUGUAAACAAAGUCGUGUGGGUGACAUUAAGAGAAGAGCCCAUUGUUUAUGUCAACGGUGCACCUUACUGUUUAAGGCGCGAGCGCUUCUCCCUCAGGAACAUGAAGGAUUAUGGAGGAAUUUCUGCAUCGCGGCUGGAAGUCUUGGAAGAGCGCCUCAAAGAUGAUGUCCUCGCAGAGCUUGAAGCGUUUGGGGGAAGGCUGCUUCUUCACACAGAGACCCCAGAUGGAUCUGUGAUUCCCAUAUGGGAAGAAGUACACCCUUCAAACGUCGCAGUGCUAAAGGACAUUAUGGCAUCCCGCAAAUCUAGACAUGGCUUGGAUCUCCAAUACGUUCGGAUCCCAAUCACAUCCGAGCGUCCUCCCGAUUUCGCAGACAUCAGUGAGCUCAUGGACCUUGUUCUUCGCACAGACUCUUCCAGUACGGUUACGGUCGUCAAUUGUCAGCUUGGACGAGGAAGGAGUACUCUAACUUCCGUGUUAAUUGUCCUCAUUCAACAAUGGCUGCAGGACAGUCGGACGCUUUCUCAGUGGUCGCCUCGAACAGAGUCUCGCUCACUGUCAACGUCGAUGACUUCUGAAACUUUUCACGAUAAGCCUACAAAUAAGCGCCUUUCAUAUCAGGUCAUCAAUAAUCUCCUUCGAAUCGUCCGAAAAGGUUCUGCAGUCAAGAAUACUGUUGACGAGGUCAUUGAUCAAUGCGCGAUCGUCAUGAAUCUCCGAGACUCUAUCGAAGACGAGCGUAUUUUGGCUGAGGAAGCGACUGAAGAGAAGCAAAAGCGCGUUCAUGCCUCAAAAGGGAUGCACAAUUUGCGACGCUACUUUGAGCUCAUUCUGUUUCAGGCGUACCUGCGAUCUACUGAGCCAGAUACGAUGCAGUCAUUUGAGACGUUCAAGAGUUUCAUUGAGAGUCGACCAGUCAUCAAGACGUUCGAGAAGGAACUCAUUGCGGAAGGUUUGCACGCCCUCAAGCCACUCGAGCGUGCGGACAUUGAGAGUGUAGCUCGUCCUGAUGAAGUCAAACGAGUAGUAGUAACCCGAUCUGGCAGCAUUCUCUCUGCGUCUACCAUCCUCAAGAGCGACUUCUUCUGCAAUCUGCAAAAGAUGUCGCUCCCUGAGAGGAUCGAAGGCUCUCCUAAUUUCCGUCGCGUGCCGCUGACGUUGAAGCUGGCUUCUUCUCGGACUUCUUCUCCUGUAGAUCCGGCUGAUGAAAAGAUGGUGUGCGGAAGCGGAAUGCCUACAGUUCAAGGUUUGCGGCGAGCCCUAGCACGCGUUGAUGCUGAUCCACAAGGACACAGCAUGGUGUAUUGGACCUCCUUGCGAGAGGAACCGGUUAUUUAUAUUGCAGGCCGCCCGCAUGUUCUGCGGAUCGUAAACAAGCCACUCGAAAACGUAGAAUCAACUGGGGUCACAACAGCCAUGGUGGAGGCUAUGGAGGAACGUUUCAAGAAAGAUGUUAUACGUGAGGUCAGAAUGGGCGAUGGACGUAUCCUUCUGCAUGAUGAGGUGGAGGAGCGCCCUGGCGUGUUCACUAUCAUACCCAUAUGGGAGACGGUGGAUGAGGAUGAUAUUAUGACCCCAAGAGAUGUUUUCGAUCUUAUGGCUAAGGAGGGGUUCAAGAUCAAUUAUGGUCGAGUUGCUAUCACCGACGAACAAGCACCGUUGCCUGAUGCUCUGUCACAAUUACUGGAACGUGUCCGGUUUGGAUACUCAGAAGCGGACGACUUCAUAUUCAAUUGUCAGAUGGGCCGUGGUCGCACGACCACUGGGAUGGUCACAGCCUGCUUGAUAUCAACGACGAUGAACUGGCAGGGCGAGGAGAACUGCAUUGACACACAGGAAGACCUCAACUCUACUGAAUUUGACUCCAUUGAUGGUCCCUCAGAAGAACAGGCUUAUCGACAAGGGGAGUACAAGACAAUAUUACAACUUGUCGGCGUUUUGUCUCACGGCAAAAUUGCAAAGCGCCUGACGGACCGCGCCAUUGAUCUUAUGCAGGACGUACAGAAUCUUCGCAAGUCAAUAUACGACUACAAACUAAAGGUAGAGUCUCUGGAAAAGGGAAGCGCGAUGCAACGGAAGUUGAUGAACGUUGCGGUGAAUUACCUAUAUCGCUAUGGCUUGUUGAUUGUAUUUGCCAAUUAUCUCAUUGAAAUACGGGAGAUGCAGGGAAGGGAGACGAGAGGGUUUUCGGAUUGGCUCCGAGAACAUAGAGAAAUUGCGAAGCUGUUGGGGAGGAGGUCAUUGGACUGAGGAUGGGCGCCCUCUCCAUGAUGAUGAUGGCAACGACGACUUACUUAUAGUAUCGCACCGGUUUUGUUUUGUCUCCAUAAAUAUCCAUGCCCAUAUGUUGUUAACGUGUA